AUGGUCAUCUCCGAUUCCCCCUCUUCUUCUCCUCCCAGUUCUCCAUCAUGGUAUCCCGGGCUCAAUGUUCUCAAACGAUCCAUUGGGUGGUCCGACAAUGAUGACGACCAUGAACAUCAUUCGGAUUUGAAGAGUAAACGAUCUCGAAUUCAAAGCUCUAAGUCUUCUUCAUGGACAUUCACCAGAUUACCUUUGAACCAAGUCAACUUAUCCAGUGUUCAUAAGCAGUUACAACAUGCCGAAGCGCAAUUGAUCCAAAGUGAGAAAAUCACAGAUCAAGCAAUUGAUCAAUACAAACUAGCCAAAAGGGAUGAAGAAUCUAGGAAGAUGAAGAGGGAUAUGUUAAAAGAAAGACAGAUGAGGAUGGAAUAUGAACUUGAGAAACAACGGUUGGAAGUCACUGUCGAGGAGAUACAAGGUAGGUUGGGAAAGAGGGAGGGGAUUAUCAAAGUGUUAGAUGCGAGACUUAGUUCACUUGAAAAGGAUAUCAUCAAAUGUCACGAAGAUAACAAGACGCUCAAUGACGAGUAUGAGAAGAAACUCGAAAUUCGUGCUAAAGCUAUGUCAGAGAAAGAUGUGAUGAUCAACUCUGCAAACGACAAAAUCAAGGUUUUGAUGACUGACAUACGAAAGAUGAAUGACGAUACCGAGCAACUCAAAACGAACCAUCAAACUGCCAUCAACAACCUCAAAUCUAUUCAUCAACAAGAGAUGAACGAGGUUUACAAAGAAAAUUCCAAAAAGAUCUCAAGCAAAGAUAAACAUAUCAAAGAACUCGAUGUUUCGAUCGAUGAAUACAAGAAAAUCGAGAUCGAAUUGAAAGGUUAUAAUGCGAAUUUGAAGAACUUUAUGCAAGAGAUCAACUCUCGAUCAAGCGAAUUACGUAAGCAUUUACUUCCCGAUUCUGUGUCGUUGACCGCCUGA